CCUAGCCCUCCCAGACAGCCAAUCCCGCCGUCCCCCAACCCCGACCCGCCGUCACCUCCGAGUCCUCCCCACCCUCCGCCGCCGCCCUCUCCCGAACCCUCGCCUCCAUUCUUCCCACCCGGCGAGCCACCAACACAGCCCGACAAGCCAGGACUCCCCUUCGAGCCCGGCCCUCCCACAAUGCCGCCCGACAUGCCUCCCCCUGCGCCUCCACCAUCUCCUCCCUCCCCGCGACCUCCAAAGCCGCCAUCUCCGGAUCCCUCACCACCCUCGCCCGAUCCCUCACCCCCGUCACCGCCUCCCUCCCCACCCUCACCUCCAUCUCCACCACCCUCACCCCCACCUUCACCCCCGUCUCCCUUCCCACCUUCACCUGACCCGCCGGAACCCUCUCCGCCGCUCCCUCCUUCACCCGAACCUCCGUCUCCGUUCCCACCCUCACCCGAUCCCCCGGAGCCGUCACCCCCACUUCCUCCUUCACCCGAACCCCCAUCGCCACUCCCGCCUUCGCCUCCGCCCUCUCCUGAUCCACCCUCUCCUUCUCCGCCUUCCCCACCACCAUCUCCGGACCCUCCUGACCCCUCGCCUCCCUCGCCCUCACCUCCUUCGCCGCUGCCACCCUCGCCCUCACCACCCGAACCCAGCCCCCCAGCACUACCACUACCGCCAAAGCUCCCUCCGCCACCCUCACCACCCUCCCCAGCUCCUCACCCGCCGAGACUACCAUCUCCGCCUCCUCCCUCACCCCGACCUCCUAAACCGCCCUCUCCCAGCCCCCCUCCACCAUCUCCCGAUCCCUCUCCGCCCUCACCACCCUCACCUCCCAGCCCUCCAAUGCUGCCCCUCCCGCCCAGCCCCGCCCCACCUCUCCCGCCCUCUCCUCCGCCUCCAAACCCCUCUCCCAAGACGCCAGUAGUAGUGCUGUCCCCGCCUCCGCCCCCACCUCCAUCCCCGGGGCCGCCCGGUUCCGUUUCCGCGCUAGAAACUGUCAUCAUACUCGGCGUGGCCCUUCAAGCCAACACCAGUUUGCCCUCCGUCCGGGGGGCUGUGCUGAACCUAGACUACAACACACUGACCGCGACCGCACGUUUCCAGGGCGACUCGCCCUACGCCAGCUGCGCCUCCGGCAUCCAGAGCAGCCUCAUCAGCGCCCUGGCCGGCAUGCUCAGCUUCCCAGCUGCCAACAUCAGCACCUCCUGCGCUGACGAGUCCAGCAGUGGCAGCAGCAGCAGCAGCAAGGUUGCUUCUCCGGCGUCUAGCAGCAGCAGCAGCAGCACACCGUCUUCGUCCACGUCCUACCGCCGACAGCUGAUAAGUGAUGAUACGACGUGUAACAUCGCCGUCCGCACCAACAUCACCUUCAAGGUGGACCCCGCUGUCUCCAUGGACGGUUUCAAGAGCGCGGUGUCGCAGGCGCUGUCCAACGGCGGAGUGGCGGGCACCUGCGCCCUGCUGUCGGACUGGGCGGUGCUCGGAUCCACGGUGACCGCCAUCUCCCUAGCCAACGGCACCUACGCGGACUGCGGCUCCUUCAGCUCUGCGGUGCUGUCGGCCGUGCAGUCCUCCAGCAGCACCACCAGCAGCGCCGCGGUGUCCAGCUGCCAAACCGUUCAGAUCGCGAGUUCGAGCCUCAUGGAGACCAACAGCACUGCGACGCCCAAUGCGGGCCCCGUUCCGAGUCCCCCUCCUGCUGAGGAGAAGAAGAAGGGCGGAAUUCCGAUCAUGUUCAUAGCAGCGGCGAUUGGGGGUGUGGUUGCGUUGCUGAUUGUCGCAGGGAUUAUCUACUGGCGUAGGAAGAAGAAGAAGAAGCAGGAGGCAUUUGACGUCUCAGCGGACGCUACACCUGGAAAGGGUGAUGAGGUGACCUCCGUGGACGGUUCCCCAGACACCGCCCCAGAAAACGACACCUCAGGUGCCGCUGCGGGCGGCGGUGAAGCCGAGGGCGCACAACUCUGGGCGCAGCCAAUCGCCACUCCAGGCGACGGACAAGGCACUUCCUCGCGCCCAGCCUCCGCUGCCAGUCGCACCAGCGCCCAGCUCAAGAGCGAGCACCGACCUUCCAGUGCUUCUGGCGCUGCUAGCGGCGGCAGUGGCCCUCGUGGCUCCGCCAAUGGAGACGCUGCUGCGGGCGGAGCAGCAGCCGGAAGGGCCUCGGGAACCGGCGAGGCCGCCGCAACGGCAGCUGGAGCCUCUCCUGGUGUGGGGGUUGAGUUGGGUCCGGGUGCGCUUUUCCAAUCGGUUGCAAAGCCGGGAGCGGGCGCUGACGGGCCGUCGGACGGCGCUGACGGUCGUGCAGACGCCGGCGCUGCGGGUGCAGGCGACACGCCUUUCGCGGGUGCUGCAGAGCUGGCAGCGGCGGCAGUAGCCGCCUUCGGGGCGGGCCGGCGUCCGGCCAAGACGCUUGUCCUGCCGCCCCUGCGCGCCAACAAGCUGCCUCUGGAUCCCUCGCUCGCCCCCUUACCCCUGGGAGCCAAGCCCGUGCUCCCAACCAUCGUUCCCAGCAGCCCCUCCGGUACCCCCACCAGCUCCGUGGGCGGCGCUCUCUCGCCCACAUCCCCGGGCGACGCGUUAUCCUCCCCCUUGCUGCCAGGCCUGCCGGGCAAGAGGGCCAUAGCGCUCCCUGCCCUGAAAGCGCGCAACUCCGCACUUGUCCCGCUGGGCAGCUCACCCGUAACCAUAACUGCGGAUCCCUUCGCUAAGCCGCUUUUGCCCACACGGCUUGGCAGCACAUCUUCGAUUCCCGGUCAGGGCACGACCUCUGCAGGCGGCAGCACGUCGGAGGGCGGUGCUGCUGCUAUCCCGGGCGCGGCGGUAACUGAGGGUGGCGCGGUAGACGUUACGGCUGCUGCAGCAGCGGCGGCUGCGGCUGCUGCCCCUAUACCCGGCGUGCCGCGCUCACCCUCCCUGGAUGCAAAGGCAACCAAGGAGCUUGCAGCGCAUAUGGAUACAAAGGAUUCCAGCAUACCAAAAAGCGGACCCUCUGUCUCCAACAACGGCCUAUUCGUGCGGACAAGCGACGCCACCGCCCUUGCAAACAAGGUCCCAACAGUCAAUGAGGCGUCAUCACUGGAGUUGCCGGGUCUGCCUUCGGAUGGUGCUGCCGCUGCCGCCGGCGCCGCCUCUGCUGCCGCUGCAGGCGGCCACACAGACGUCGCUGCGGCCGCCGCGGCCGGAGCCGGAGCCACUCCCACUGCCAGUCCAGCCAAGGGCCUCUUCUCCCGCCUGUUCGGCAACAGACACAGCCACACCGGCGAACCAAAAGGCGCUUCCAGCGGUCCCAACUCGGAGCUGCCCACACUUGCGCAGUUGGAUGAGGAGGCUGCUGCGGCCUCCGCAGCCGCCGCAGCAGCGGGUGUUGGCGCCGGAGCGGCGGGCGGCGCAGGAGGUAGAGGCCAGGAUGAACGGACGUCCUACACGAGCGGCUCCCGGAGAGCCUCCCACACAGGGGGCUCCAGACGGGCCUCCUACACGGGAGCCGGUGCCGCAGCAGCAGCGGCAUCAGGCGGCAGCGGCACCUGGGGGACACCAACAGCCCGGCGGGCUAGUGGGACAGGCGGCUCAGGUGCAGAUUUCGCCGCGGGGGCGGUCUCCGGCGCCGGCAGUGGACCCGCUGCUGCUGCUGCUGCUGCUGCGGCUCUGGGCGCUCGAAUCUGGAAGAAUGGCGCCGGCGUUGACGAUGACGCCGCGGGAGGAAGAGAGGGCUUCGAGGAUGGCGCAAACGCGCAGGAUGGCGGUGGGAAGGGCCCACGGACGGGUGCACGGCUCUGGAAGGAAGGAGCCGGCGUCAACGGUGCAGACGGCGGUGAACUUGACUCCUCGACGCCAGCGGCCAAGGGCAGCAGCGCCGGAGUGCACAGCGGCGUCCUUAUGCAGCAUAAUCCUGCGUAUAUUGCGCCUCGCGAGGGUGCGGACCUGGAGGCUGAUGAUUUGGAUGCGGACGGAUCAACCAAGCGCGACUCAGCAGGCGGGCGGCACGGAGUUAACUUCAAACGUCCUGGGGACGGGAUGCACGGCGGCUUGGACGGUGACUUUGGCGCAGCCGGAGGAGCAGGUGGUGUUGCUGCUGCGGGCGCGCAUAAGGGCAUGCAGUUUAAGCGGCCUGGGGAUGGUGUGGAUGGCAGCUUUGAUGGGGAUUCUGCUGCAGCAGGGGCCGCAGGUGGGGCGGGUGGCAGUGGCGCACACAAGGGGUUGCACUUCAAGCGGCCAGGAGACGGAAUGGAGGGCGACUUUGAUGCCGAGUCGGCUGCCGCAGGAGCAGCAGGUGGUGCUGCUGCAGGCGGUGCGCAUAAAGGCAUGCUCUUCAAGCGACCCGGGGACGGGGUGGAUGGCAGCUUUGAUGGCGACUUUGCCGCAGCAGGUUCUGCUGCCGGGGGGUCUGCAGCUGGCGCGCACCGAGGCAUGCACUUCAAACGUCCCGGAGACGGGCUGGAGGGCAACUUCGACGAGGAUUCGGCUGCAGCUGGGGCCGCGGGUGGCGCCGCAGGGGCUGCUGGCAUGCACAAAGGCAUGCUGUUUAAACGUCCGGGAGACGGGGUCGACGGCAACUUUGAUGGCGACGAUUCCGCGGCAGGAGCUGCGGGCGGCUCCGCCGGUGCUGCUGGAAUGCACAAAAGCAUGCUCUUCAAGCGGCCUGGCGACGCCAUGGGCGGAGGUAUGGACGGCGAGUUUCCCUCAGCCGCGGGUGCUGCUGACGUGGCUGGUGCUGCUGGAGACGCACACAAGGGCAUGUUGUUCAAGCGCCCAGGAGAUGCCAUGGGUGGCGGCAUGGAGGGCGAGUUCCCAUCUGGCGCUGAGGCGGCUGCCGGAGCCGCGGGUGCUGCCGGCAUGCACAAGGGCAUGCAAUUCAAACGACCUGGGGACGCCAACAAUGGCGGUCUGGAGGAGGAAGCUGCAGCCGCUGCGGCUGCCGCUGCUGCCGGGGCCGCAGCUGCCGGUGGCCGGCGCGGGGUACAGUUCAACCGGCCGGGUGAUGCUUCCAAUGGCGGACUGGAGGAGGAUCCCGCAGCUGCGGCCGCAGCCCAUGCGGCCGGACACCGACCUGCACAGAGCAAGAGCCUGGGUCCGAACUUCUUGCGGCCGGGCGGCGGGGAGCACGACGGCGACUUUGAUGCGGACGCUGCAGCAGCAGCGGAGGGAGCGUCUCCGACCAAGAGGCACAGCAUGCCUCCCAAUCUGCGCAACUUCAACCGGCCUGGAAUGGGCGAGCACGACGGCUCGCUGGACCCAACUGCAGCAGCAGCGGCCGCAGCGGAGGCAGCCCCAGCCGCCACGGGUUUCCCUCCAAUCGGCAAGAAGGCACGCAACCUGAAGUUCGCACCGGGCCUCGGAGAUUUGCCGGAGGAUAUGCCGGACGACGGCUUUCCGAAAGCGCAGUCGUCGCACCACAAGCCAGUAAAGAAGACCUCCCAGGUCGGCAUGCGCAACAUGCGGCAGUUCAAGUUCGCCGAAAUCGGCGGCCGCUCGUUCGCGGGCGACGACUUGGAGGAGGACGAGCUGGUGGAUAUGGACGAUGAAACCGCGGUUGCUGCUGCAGCGGAGCGACGUCGCUUACGCGCAAUGCAACACGCGGGUCGCGGUCCCACGUACGGAGAUGAGAAGAUUGGUCCCGUCGACAACAUCCAGCUUCAACGCGAGAUGCGGCGCAAGGCGAUGCUCGACAAGGCGAAGAACAACGCCUGGGGAGCCUCCUUCAAGCCGUCCAAGUAAUGCUUGACGGACAACAAUAUUUGCUGGGGCUCUGGUGGGGUUCAAAGCCUGAUUUUGUGGCACACUGUACAGAGGAGAGCCCGUGCUAACGGAUUAUCUCCAGUUGCAUUUGAAUCUGCGGACCUUUGGCGCACGGAGUGUUGAGUUGCGUGUUGCACUGCAUGAUAAUGCAAGCUUUAGAAGCAGGCAGAUGCCAUGGGUUGGAGGAGAAGGUUCCACUACUGAACUACUACUAUGAACUUACGACAAGGUAGGGAGGUAGCAAGGUGACGACCUACGGACCCACGGAAUGCAGGAUAGCGGAUGAGGGAAAGGGAGGGAUGCACCCAACUGAGGUUGGUGUCCCGAGCAGGCAGCAGCCGCCUCCUGGGGGGAGCUGUCAUGCAUGUUUAACCCCAGAGGCGCACCCGCCUUCUGCUUACGUGUUUUUUUCACAGCAUGCGUUUAGCUGGAGGCACACACGGGGUGCAUCGCAACGGGCUCGUGGCAUGCGUGAUGAACAUGGCGCGGUUUGCGGAAAUGUAUGGCUGCCUGCAGUACCUGCCUGGGCUAUCGGUGCAAGAAUCGUCUUUGUGUGGGGAUGUCAGGCGUGCAUAGCCGGCGACAGGCACACGGUGAUAUUGCCCACUUGACUUGAUGAUGACUUAUGUGUGCCUCUUCCCUUUCUUCAUAUGGCAGCCAAUCAGGCGCCGAGUAGGCGGUUUUCUUUCCAUAAGAGCUGUUGUUUGACCGCGUUUGACCAGGUUUGACCAACUUGACUGACUGAUCCAUUAAUCAGAUGUACGGGAUUAAUUGUCUCUCGCGCCGUUGGUGGGAAGCCAUGUUGCGAGUUGGAUCUUUUAAAUAUAUGCGGAACUGAUGAGAGCCUCUUACCGUCUUAUGCUGUCCCGUCCCUACCUAAUUGGCGCUAGCCAAGGGGAUGUCUUGACCGAUGAUGUGGGCUUAUUUGCCCAUUCCCGUUUGGCAUGCGGGGAUGGUUGCAUUUGUGGGCAUAGGCCUUGUGUUGUUAGGCAAUGGCUGAAAGCUUAAGGCGCUAGCGCUGAGUGCGGCGGGCGCCGGCUUCUUUAGGUUACAUGCAUUGCACGCAUGCCGUGCCGUUUCUGUGCGAAGCGCUAGUAAAUGGCCAGUCGUAAGAGCUCUUGGAAACAAGAGUAGAAAGCACAAGUAGCGGCUUGGUAGUGUUUAGUUGUGGGAUGUCUAGUGGAACACACGCACAGACACUUAGGACCCGUAGUAGGCGGGUGUGCCGCGUAGGAGUGCCCGUUUCCACCGUUUGGGCGUGGGUUAGGUUUCUCCCUACGGGGUCGCUGGCCGUGAGCACGUGGAUGUGGUUAAAUCCACAGUUCACACCACGUUUUAACAUAGGUAUUGUUGCCGAUGCUUUAUUGAUUAAUCUGUGGCAUGCAUCAUUGGGGUGGGUCAGCAAGAGACUUCCAAUGACAUGGUUAACCGCCCGGGUGGGCUGUUGGCUCACACACGUCUCAGCUGGUGUUGGUGACUUGCUUCCUUUUGAUGCAUGCAUGCUGGGGUACGAAAGAUCGUGCAGGAGAUCUGUUGUCGUACAAUAUGCCGUAUAGCUGUCUGCUGCCGUACUCCCAGCUGCGUGUCCUGUUUGUGUCCAUGUAAAUAUCGUGCACUA